AUAUAUAUAUAUCUUGACGUCGCCGGCAUCGACCAGAAACUCGCCGCGACCACUACGACCCCGACAAGCUCCCCAAAAUGUCCGACGGCUCCGUCCUCCCCACCAUCCUCUUCCAGGCCACCGGCCACGCCCCCGGUAACCUCUGCUUCAGCGAUCUUUCCGGCGGCAAAGUCGGCUUCGGCUCGGGAAGCAGAUAUCGAGGACGACGGCCUUGGCGCUAUCCAUGAUGGUGGUGGCCAUGUUCCUGGAGUCCUGCUUGCUCCAUCCGAGGCGGACCAAGGGGGUGUCGGGAUCGGAGGCGAAGACACCGACGCCGACCGGUUGUCUCUGUUCUGCAGGUGGUUUAAUGGAAGAGGCUUCGAAUCGGCGUGCCUCACUGCCUCCCAUGUCAACUGUACCCAUCCAAUAUUCAGCCGCGGUUGGUAACGGCGCGUGUCCUACAGACGCACCGCCUUGGUCCACAUAAGUCUCUUCGGUCAAUAUAAUGCUUCAAUCAUGGUAUAUGCUAAUACUUGCGGUAAGGCAACUAGGUGGCAGGCCAGGGUCAGAAGCUAUGACUUAUCUUAUCUUGGUCUUUCAGAAGUAACUAGAAACGUAAUUGUUUGCAGAAAGACAAAUCGAGUCGUCGAAAAAGUUGAACUUGACUUUUUAGCCCCCAGUAGACUUCGAUUUGAGGAUAUUUUGCAAAUUUCUGAUCAAUAUCCAAUAUAUGGAACCACAAGGCAAUAUGCAGAUCGAACUACUUGUGGGUUGUGAGUCGGUGGUUUUCUGACCAAUUUUUGGGUUUAAUUUGUUCCUCAGUUUCAUUUGUUCUAGGAAUUUUGCGGUUGUUCUUCAUUUUCUGGGUUGUUGUACUUACUAGGGGCCGAUAUACUCUCUAGUCUCAUCUGUGAACUUUCACUAGCUUCAGUGAGUACAAUUUAUACUUACCUUUUAGUCCAAGGCAUGAACCUUUUUUUCCUUCCUCUUCUUCCUCUGUCUCUCUGUUUCUGAAUGGGGUGGCUCUUGUGUUACCUUGUAACACUGCUUUUAUCUCACAUCCUCUCAUUCUGUACCUGCCAAGACCAAAUAGUACCAGGACAGUAUAUCAGUGGUAACAUGACUUUGGUUUCUUCCUUAGAGACCUUUUCAUUAGGCUUCUUCAAUCCUGAAAAUUCUACUAAAUACUUCCUUGGUAUACGAUUCAACAAAUUCCCAAAUACUGCAUCAGUAUGGGUAGCUAAUAGAGAAUCUCCACUUGAUUCUCCGGGUUUCUUUAUGCUCAGUAGCGAUGGAAAUCUUGUGGUGUUGGAUCAGGCUAAAAAACUUGUCUGGUCAACUAAUGCAUCCGUAUCUGCUUCUGCAAUGAAUCACACAACUGGAUUACUAGAGGAUACCGGAAACCUUGUUCUGAGCUUUGAAGAUGUCACUUUAUGGCAGAGCUUCGAUCAUCCCUGUGAUACUAUGUUGCCUGGCAUGAAGAUUAGCUUGAACAAAAAGACUGGCCAACAAAGGCGCCUUACAUCCUGGGCUGCGCUUGAUGAUCCACAACCCGGAAAGUUCACCUUGGGCAUAGAUCCUAAAGUACCAGUUCAGGCCUUUAUCUGGAAGGAAACUACUCCAAUACAAAGAAGUCCUCUGUACAUUGGCAAGGAUAUAAGAACAGCGUUUCAAAAUCCAGGUGGAACGGCGUUUUUCCUUUCAUACAACUUUGAUGUUGAUGAUGUUUAUCUUACUUACAUUGUCUCGGAUAGCUCAGUAAAAUUGAGGGUCUGGUUGGAUCCUACAGGGCUAGUUAAAUUGCAGUUCUGGCAGAAUUCUAGUAAAACGUGGUUGGAACAAGGGACUUCACCGCCCGUUCAUAACUGUGAUUUUUAUGCUUAUUGCGGUCCCAAUAGUGCCUGUCGUAGUGGUGAACCCCUGUCAUCACCAUGCAAGUGUUUGACUGGUUUUACAGCCAAGUUUCCGAACCAAUCGGCAGUGGGGGAUUGGUCCAGUGGCUGCAUUAGGGAAAAGGUGUUGACAUGUGGUAACGGCAUACAAGGUAACUUUUCAAAGCUUGAAAAGGUGAAACUGCCGGAUCAUUCUGUACUGUUAAACAAUAGGAGUAUGAACGAGUGUGAAUCUGAAUGUCGGCGGAACUGUUCUUGCACGGCUUAUGCUUAUGUAUAUGCGACAGAUGGAAGUAAUAUUGGGACAUGCUUGGCAUGGUUUGGCAAAUUACUGGAUCUGGUAGAGAAUUUUAACAACUCUAGACAUGAUAUCUAUUUUCGUGUUCAUGGCUCCGAACUAGGCAAAAAGGGUCUUUCUGUUAAUUCCUUGAAGCGGACCCUUGUAAUUGCAAUAGUCUCUGCAGCAGUUGGAUUGCUUACAAUAACUUUUGGCUAUUUCUUUUGGAAGAAAAAAUUGGAAAAGAAAGGAGGUGGAAAGAAUGAUACAGAAUUACCAAUCUUCAGUUUAAGGAGUAUGUUAGCUGCUACAAACAACUUCUCUGAAGCGAAUAAACUUGGAGAGGGGGGAUUCGGCCCUGUUUAUAAGGGAAUUUUGCAAGAAAAUCAAGAAGUGGCCAUAAAGAGGCUAUCAAAGAAGUCUGGGCAAGGACAUAAUGAGUUCAAGAAUGAGUUGAAACUUAUAGCCAAACUCCAGCAUACCAAUCUUGUAAGGCUAUUGGGUUGCUGUAUGGAAGGAGAUGAAAUGAUAUUGAUCUAUGAGUACAUGUCUAAUCGAAGUUUGGACAAAUUUUUGUUUGAUCCUUUUGAAAAGACAAGGUUAGAUUGGGAUACACGCUUUCGAAUUAUACAAGGUAUUGCUCAAGGAGUACUAUAUAUUCACAAGUACUCUAGAUUGAAAAUCAUCCACAGAGAUCUGAAAGCAAGUAAUGUUCUGUUGGAUGGAACAAUGAACCCCAAAGUGUCCGACUUUGGAAUGGCGAGAAUUUUUGAUAUAAAUCAAAUUGAAGCAAAUACCAACAAGGUUGUUGGGACAUACGGUUACAUGUCUCCUGAAUAUGCACUCUAUGGUCAUUUUUCCGAGAAGUUGGAUGUAUUUAGUUUUGGAGUAUUGUUGUUAGAGAUUAUAAGUGGAAAGAAGAAUGCUUCUUUUUAUCGUUUUGAAAAUUCACUAACACUUGCUCAGUGGGUAUGGGAAUUAUGGAAAGAAGGUAGAGGAAUGGAGGUAAUUGACGCGUCAGUAAAGGAAACAUGCCGAAUUCAUGAAGCUUUGAGGUGUAUCCAUGUCGGGCUUUUGUGUGUUCAAGAAGCUCCAGCUGAUCGACCAACAAUGUCAUCGGUGAUUCAUAUGCUCGAGGUCAAUGAAGCUACAUCACUUCCACCCUCCAAAGAACCUGGAUUUUCAACAUGUAGGAAUUCAAGUCAUGUUACCACUUAUUCUAACAAUGUAGUUACUAUUACUUUGCCAGAUCCUCGAUAGAGCUUCAAUAAUGUUUGCAUUCGAGGUCGGAUAUUAAAACAAAACAUAGAAACAGGUAUUGACAUAUCCGUUGCUUGGCUCAUGCUUAAUUGGCAUGGGCCUCGUAAAUUGUAUGUCCACGUUUCCUAUUCAAUAUGGAUGAGCGACAAAUGUAUUGUGUGGCUGAA